ACUCGUCAGUAUAGUACUACAGUACUGCAGGCUACAGUCGUCAGUCCGCACACCACAGCCGCACCUAGCGUUUCGUUGCCGUCGUUGUCGUCGUUACCGUCGUCAGUCAGUCGUUUAGCCGCCGCGGUCAGAUUCGGUUUACUCCUUAGCUGCUGUACGAAAUCCGAUCGAGCUUAACGUUUAUACGCAUCACGCCAGUGUGUGACAGCCGGCUUUUUCUUAUUUCACCGUUGUCGCGUUUUACGAGCGAUUCGUGUUCGUCGAUCGUACAUGUUUGUUAUUCGUCAGUCGUAGUAUUGUCGGUUUCGAGAAGAACACUUAAAAGAUAUAUUUUCUUUUAAACCUUUAACGAAAAUCAGUCAACAUUUCUUUCACUACCAAGUUCGUCAUUACGAUAGCUAGGCGCGAGAAAAAUCAGAAAAAAAUGGAAGUCGUACCUCCGUAUUACAUACAACCGUCGUACCCGGUCCAUUCCACUCUCGGAAUCUUGAAAUUAGAGGACAUCGAAUCGGAAACGAGCGCAUUUAUGGCAUUACACCAACGGCUUGAAGAAGAACUUCGGGCCGCCAAGCGUGCGCAACUAUCGUGCGGCGAAGUCCUGUUGCCGCCCGACUUGCUCCACCGGAUAGCUCAUGAUGUUCUCAAAAUGGCCGAAAGCGAACCCUGUGGUCUCAGAGGAUGCACUUUGUACCUGAAUUUCGAGGGUGAACAAGAAUGCCGGAAAAUCGGCACGAUCAAAUGCGACACCAACACAGUGUCCACUUUUGAGUUGUUCCUCACUCUCAAACAGAACCCUAGAAAUACGUGGUCACUCAUUCCACUAUUCAUUAGGAAUUUUACAAGCGGUGGUACAAUAGUGAUCGAUCAAGAAUUCACAAUAGAAAAACGGAAGCUGUAUAGGUCUUUUUUAGAAUAAAGAGCGCCGGAUGUCCGGCGCUGCCGAACGCCAAAUCCUCCUCCACCUCCUUCUCAUUAUCAGUAUCUCAUCAAAACACCAUCACCACCACAACUAUAAAUCCAACCACAACUAGUACGACCGAUAGUACUCGUACCACUAAUAGCACCGCCAUCGCCGUGAUUGAGAGAGAGCCAAGACUGAUCCCCUCGGAACAGCCUGUGCGUUACAAGACGAAAAACACCCGUAUCAACAAGUAGCGGUCUUGUCGUCGAUUAUCAUCAAGUAACAAAAAAACCCCAAUUUAUAAUAUUAUACGCGUAAUAAUAUAUUGGUCUCGUGAGUGUGUGGAAGUGAAUAUUUAUAUAUAAAAAAUAAGUUUAACUAUGAAGAUUAAAAAAAAAAACUAGCAUACGGUAUGAUAUUAUAAUAUUGUUUCAUACGUUAUAACCCGUGUGCGUAAGUUUAAAAAAAAAUCAAUUGUGAUCAGUUCUAUAUGUUACGUUUAGUUUUUUGUUCUCGUUAUUAUUUUUGUCGAUACAUUUAUACAUUGGAUUAUAUUUAUAUUAUAUAUAUUUAAUAUUAUAUAUGUCGCCAGAUUAUAAUAUGAUUAUUAUUAAUACUUUUUUCCUUUUUUAUUUUUAUUUUAUUUUUUUACCCAUAUAAGUCGUUGUUCUUUAUAGGAUUUUUAAUAAAAAAUAUAAUAUAUAUAUAUAUUCAUAGAGUGUAAACAUUUAAGGUUAAAUUAUUAUAGAUUAGAGUUUUAUAGAGUAUAGUUUAAAAAAAAACAAAAAAAAACGUUGUGUAUUAGGUGCAAAAUAAUUUUUUUUAUUAAUGUACGUAUUUUAAGUGAAUGGUAGAGAGAGAGAUAAAUAAAAUAUAUUUAAUAUAUAAAGCGAAUAUAAUAUUAUUUCCAAUAUUAUCAGUGAGGAAUUAUUAAUCAAAACGAAAAAAAAAAUGUUUAUAUUAUCGAGUGUUUGAUGUCGCGUGUGUCCUCCAGACAAUGAUAAAACUAAAGUAGAGUUUAGAAUUUUAACCAAUAUUAACUUAUUUAGGCUAUAAAUAAAUCGCACCAAAAAAAAAUAUAUAUAAUAUAAUAUAACUAAAAGCAAAAAAAAAACCCCAACUCAUCAGGCGUUUUUAAUUUGUUUUGCCAGAUGUCUUUCAUGUUCAAAUAUCUAUAUUGAAAAAAAAAGA